UUCGCUGUCGUAUUGUGAAUAUUGUGCUAACGAAAAUUUUACUAAAAGGAAAAUGGAUAUUCUCUCUGAUAUUGCCAAUGCCGUUCUUCCACAGGACGUUGUUUCCAAAGUAGAGUCGAAACGUGCUGUAGCGGUUCUCCGUGGAACUGCUGUCUUCGGAACUGUUUGGCUUACCCAGAAAGCCGAAGGUGAAGAGACCGAAUUCGAAGGAGAGAUCAAGGGAUUGUCACCAGGACUUCAUGGAUUCCAUAUCCAUCAAUAUGGAGACUCAACCGAUGGAUGUACGUCUGCUGGGCCACACUUCAAUCCAUGCAAAAUGAAUCAUGGAGGAAGAGAUUCCGUGGUCCGCCACGUUGGUGACCUUGGAAACGUUGAAGCUGGCGCCGAUGGAGUUGCGAAGAUCAAGUUCUCCGAUAAGGUGGUCAGCCUCUUCGGAGCGAACACUGUUAUCGGACGUUCCAUGGUUGUCCACGUCGAUCGAGAUGAUCUUGGCCAGGGAAUCGACGACAAGGCCGAGGAGUCUUUGAAGACUGGAAACGCUGGCGCUCGCGCUGCUUGUGGAGUCAUUGCUCUUGCCGCUCCUGCAUAAAUCUUAUUGACUGGACUCUUUUUUUCUAAUUUAUAAGAUUUUUGACAUUUUCCAUGAGAAACACAAAUCCUACUAAUGUACAUAGACUUUCGCUGCUUGUAAAUAAACGUUUUAUUU